AUGAGUGCAUCUACUUCAAGAUGGGCAGUAUUAGAAACAAUUGUCAAAAAUAGCAGUAGCGAUAAGAAACUCCUUCCAAAAAGGGUUAACGUGACAAGAUGGGCUGCCAAAUGGCAUGCUGUGAAAGCCCUUUUGCUCAACUAUUGGAGCUACUACGAUGCUAUAAAACAACUAUCUGAUGAUACGGGGGAAACAAAUGUGAGCCGAGCUGAAGCUAAAGGAAUCAGCAAACAAUUUCUGAAGCUUGAGAAUGCUAUUUUAUUAAACAUGUGGUACGAUAUUUUAGAACGUUUUGACAAGAGUAGCAAAACAUUGCAAAACCCUGCUACAGACUUGAAUUUGACCUGCAACAUAUAUAAAUCUCUAAAAGAGUACGUAUUGAGCCUGAGAGACAACUUUGAAUCAUUCGAAAAAAGAGGAAAAGAGUUGUCUAAAAAUGAUGUCUACAUUCUUGACGAUGUUGAAAUAAAAAGACGACCUAAAAGGAAAGCUCUCUCUAUUGACGAUAAAGAAGAUGGGCCCCACCUCAAUUUUGAUGGCAAGGCAGACUUAAAGAUCAACACAUUCAAUGUUGUAAUUGACAGGCUGUAUUCAGAACUGAAUAAAAGAUCCAAAGUUUAUUUCAAUCUCAAUGAAGAAUUCGGAUUUUUAAACAACUUAUCGUCAAUUUCGAAUGAGGACAUCAGGGAAAAAGCUUCAAUUUUGGCCAAAAAGUAUCACACUGACAUAGAUGAUGACUUUGCAGAAGAAUGUGUGCAGUUUAAAAAUUUUGUUGGAGGUAUGUUUGAUGACGGAAGAGAACCCCAUGAUAACAAGACUAACAAGCAUUCGAGAAAUCCACUUUUGGAUUAUCUGCAACUCAUUCGUGAAAAACAGUUGACAACACUUUUUCCAAAUCUGGACACAGCUCUGCGCAUCAUACUAUGCAUGAUGACAUCUAAUGCAUCAGGAGAACGAUCAUUUAGCGUCUUGAAAAGAAUCAAGAACUUCUUGAGGAACUCAAUUUCUGACGAUGAAUCUAGAUUGUCUAGUUUAGCUAGUUUUGUUGCAAAUGCUGAACUUUUUAAAUCCUUAGACUUUAAAGAUUUGAUUAAAGAUUUUUCAGCCGAAAAAGCUAGAAAGGGAUUCAAUGACUGGAAGAAUUCUAAUCGACUUAAAGAACACGAGAAAAGUGCGGAACAUCGGUUGAAUACAAAAACUUUUGUCUUACGAGGCAAUGUUUUAGGAAAAAUUGAUUCGGCACUACACAAGUCUACCUUAAGGAAGUCGAGUAUUGGCAUCGAGUACUACAACGAGUAG